AUGGAACAGAAUUUCUGGAUGCUUCCUGAUUCCGGUGCCACCUCCAAGCCAGGAAGAAUGAGUUCAAUCUCGACAAAUGCAGCCACCACGGGAAUGGAUUACGGAUAUCUUCCGCUCGCUAUGACCCGGUCGGAAGACGACGACGAUGAUGAUGAUCGCCUUCUUCAGGGCGAAAGACGCGAAGGCAAUUUCCAUCAGGGAACGAAACGGAAAGAAGAGGGAGGACACAUACUUAGACUCACCGCCGAAAUCCACGAGGACGACAUCGUUAUCAUCGGGGACUUCAACCUACCAGGACUUAAGUGGAUUCCCUCGCAAGGCAAUUUUUUGUUUGCCGAUCCAACCAGAUCUUCGUUUACGGUGCCUUCCAACACGAUUCUCGACUCUCUAAGCACGGCAACUCUCCGCGAGAUCAACAGCAUAGAGAAUGAAAAUGGUCGCAUGCUCGAUCUCUGCUUCAUCAGCGACGAACCCCAAUUGGCUACGAUUGAAGAGGCUCCUAUGCCUUGGUCAAGAGCUGUUGCCCACAUCGAAAAACCUGGUCAAUUCUAUCUUCACUUUAAGAACGCUGAUUCCGUCGCUGUUUCACAAACGCUCGAUGCUAUCGACUGGGAAUCUGAACUGGAAUCUUCCGAUCCGAACGUUGCAGCUAUGAAAUUAUCCCAUAUAAUCAAUUACAUCAUCGAUCGUCACGUACCGAAACGCUCAUCAGUUUCUAACCUACGAGCUCUUUGGAUAACGAAAGAACUGCGACAAAUGAAAACGCUCAAGAAUAAAGCUCUCCGUUAUUACACUAGGCACAAAACUCUCCGCGCUAAAAAUGAGUAUUGCAAACUCAACUCAGCUUACAAAAAACUAUUCUCACGCUGCUACCACAGCUACUUAAUUCGGAUACAGCGAGGUUUCAAAACAAAACCCAAAUCAUUUUGGCAGUACAUCAAGGACCAGCGGAAAGAAUCCGGCCUACCGCCCUCCAUGUUUCUGGAUGAUAAUUUAGCGACUUCGGAACCUGAAAUCUGUGACCUCUUCGCUGACAAAUUCCGUAGUGUAUUUGACUCAAACUCAAUAUCCUCGGACCAAGUUACCAGCGCGGCUUGUAACGUCCCUCAUUUGAACACAUGGCUGAAUCAAAUUGUUGUAGACGACGAUAUUAUUUUGAAAGCGACCGCUAAGCUGAAACACAGCCUUUCCGCAGGACCAGAUGACAUACCAGCUACCUUCUUGAAGCGAUAUAUAUCACAUAUGCUGAUACCUCUAAAAAUAAUCUUCCAAGUUUCACUCGAUCAGUCUACGUUCUCAUCCUUAUGGAAAGAGGCCUAUAUGUUUCUGGUGCACAAAAAAGGGGACAGACGAAAUGUGAACAACUAUCGUGGCAUUUCUGCCUUAUGUGCGAUAGCCAAAUUGUUCGAGCUGAUUGUUUCGGAACCCAUCUUUUCGUAUUGCAAGCCUUAUUUCUCAAAUGAACAACAUGGAUUUAUGCCCAAGCGCUCUACGACUACAAACCUGUUGACAUUCACGUCUACUGUGCAAGACAGUUUUACCAUGGGAUCUCAAACCGACGUCAUCUACACUGACCCGUCAGCUUCUUUCGACAAGGUGAACCAUGACAUAGCCAUCGCCAAACUCGAUCGUAUCGGUAUCGCGGGUCUCUACUGGAAUGGUUCCGCAGCUACCUGGUAG